UUGUUAACUUGUAGAUUAUCCAACACUAUUUUCUGCAGAAAAAAGUGUAGUUAUAACCAAUUUAUAGUUUAAUUAUGAGUAUUUUGUGUCAAUCAGCUAACUAUAACCAAUUUUCUAGUAGAUGCUCUAUUGCACCUCUUUUUUAGCAUUUAUUACUAAAAGACCGUUUCCCUCCCAAAUCCAAGUUUUCAACUGCCAUUUUCAAGGACUUCUAAAUUCUGUUCUGGAUUCAGAUGUCUGUGUUAGCGGAAAAAAGUCCCUCAAAGAUGCUUGGGGAGGGAUUACAUCAGAGUGUCGGCAAUGAGUAUCCUAGAUCUCCAUCCACAUUUAAGCGCCUAAAAGUUGAUACAACCCGUAAGUUUCCUGAAAAUUGUGGUCUGUUUGUUGGUCAAACGAAAGGAAGCAGAAUUCAGUGCUACACUGAUGCUGAGAUCUACCCGGAAUUUCCAUCCACUUCUAAGAGUGUAAAAGUUGAGGACACAUGGAAUUAUACUGAAAUUUCUGGCAUGCGUGUUCCUCAAACGAAUGGACACGGUACUCAAUGCCCUGCUGAUGCUGAGAUCAAAAGUAGUUCUGGAGUUGCUAUGAAUGUGAUUGAGUCAGCCAAGCCUUUAAGAGUUUUCGUGCCAAAUACUUUGAAUGACAAGCCUGCAAACGAAGUUAGAGAGUCCCUGAAUAUGAUUGAGUCAGCCAAGCCUUUAAGAGUUUUUGUGCCAAAUACUUUGAACGGCAAGCCUGCAAACGAAGUUAGAGAGGCCCUGAAACUUUUUGACGACCUAUACUCUAAACUUUUGCGAGAAGAUAAAGCAGAGAAACGUGAAGGACAGCCUAAAAGAAAUAUCAUUAUAGAGGCAGCAGUGAGUUUGAAGAAUCAGAAUAAGUGGGUGAAUUGUGAGUGGACCUUUGGACACGUUCCCGGAGUUGAAAUUGGGGAUCAAUUCCGGUUUAGGGCAGAACUUGUUGUGAUAGGACUACAUCGCCAAUAUUUUAAGGGUAUCGACUAUGUGAAUAUUAACGGAAAAGAUGUUGCAACUGCCAUUGUUGAUUCUGGUCGGUACGAUAAUGAGGCCAUAUCUUCUCAAACAUUCAUUUAUGUAGGUCAAGGUGGGAAUCCAAAAGUUUCUGCUUCGAAAGUAGAAGAUCAAAAGCUUGAAGGGGGUAAUCUUGCCUUGAAGAACUCCAUGGACUUGGGAUAUCCGGUGAGGGUUAUUCGUAGUCGACAAAGAGUAAAGGAUCAAAAGAGUGAUAUAAGAUACAUUUACGAAGGGCUUUACACUGUGACAAAGUGUUCGCAAGAAAGAGGUCCAACUGGAAAAUUUAUUUUCAAGUUUGAACUGAAAAGAAAUUCUGCCCAAUCAAAACUUACUUGUGAACUAGUGUCACAGCCAGCAAAUUUAGGAAAGGUAAAUCACUUAGGUCAAAAUGUUAAUAAGGCAACAAUAUCAGUUAUGCAAUUUGUGCAGCGGGAGAUUGUUGUGGACUAUGAUAUCUCGCAAGGAAAGGAGAAGAUACCGAUCCCUGCCGUCAAUGCAAUGGAUGAUGAGAGACCCCCACUAUUCACUUACAUUACCAGCAUGCAGUAUCCAGAUUGGUAUUACAUCUCUAUGCCUCAAGGUUGCAGUUGCACAAGUGGAUGCUCGGAUUCUGAGCAAUGCUCUUGUGCUUCUAGGAACGGAGGUGAGAUUCCAUUCAACACAAGAGGCUCUAUUAUUAGAGCAAAGCCUCUUGUUUACGAGUGUGGUCCAUCUUGCAAAUGCCCUCCUUCUUGCAAAAAUAGAGUUAGCCAACAUGGUCCACGGUACCACUUGGAAGUUUUCAAGACCGAAUCAAGAGGAUGGGGCUUGAGGUCGAGGGACUAUGUAUCAUCUGGAAGUUUUAUUUGUGAAUAUGUUGGGGAGUUACUUGACGAAAAGGAAGCUGAAAAAAGAAUAGAUCAUGAUGAGUACUUGUUUGAUGUUGGCAACUAUGAUGAAGAAACCCCCAAAAGGAAUAAAAAGUUCGAAGUUGAGUCAAAUUCUUUUCAGAGGAAGGAUGAAGAUGGCUUUACCCUUGAUGCAGCAAGAUAUGGGAACGUUGGAAGAUUUAUCAACCAUAGCUGCUCACCAAACCUUUAUGCUCAAAAUGUCAUGUAUGACCACGGUGAUAGGAGAGUACCUCACAUAAUGUUUUUCGCUUCCAAGAGUAUUGCUCCAAUAGAGGAGCUUACUUAUGACUAUAACUACCAGAUUGAUCAGGUUUAUGAUGCAAAUGGCAAUCUGAAGAAAAAGAACUGUAGAUGUGGUUCUCGUAAGUGCUCGGGUAGAAUGUAUUAAAGAGAUGUAAGGUGAAAUAUGCUGCUAUUCACUGCCUUUUGCUGAACAAUCUCUUCGAUUCAAAACAAUGUGACCAAUCCCAGCAUAUCACAUGGAUGUUUAAGGAAGCUGAACAUUGAAUAUUACAAUUUUUAGUGCACUUAUAGCAUGAGCUUCAUCUAGUCCGGCUUUCAUGGAUUUCAACUUAGCUCUUGCCUCUGACGUUGAGACUGUUCUUGGUGUUGAUUAUUAAACUCAUUUGUUCUUUGUUAACAACUUCUUUUAGUUUCUGUAAUUCUUUUAUCCAUUUUUUGGUGUAAAAAUGUUCUGAUCAACUAAACUUAUUUUCGAUAGGCGUAACCAAUCUCAAGUUCAAAUAAAGGAGAAGGAUUGUGGAAGGUUAAAGGCGGCGUAGCAGUAGUUGAACUAAGGUGAAUCAUCUUAUUUCGUGUAGGUUAAGUGCUAGAUAUGGAGAAAAUUUUUGGUGGUUAAAGUGGAUUCAUAUAGCUAUAGCUAAUCUUAAUUUUGUUUGGGGUUGAGGCACAAUUGUUCUAUUUUAUUGAUGAAUGUCUUGGUCAAGAAAUACUGGCACU